AUGCGGGCCGGAGCCCUGCGGCGCAUCAAGCAGUACGCGCGCCGCCCCAUACGGCCCGUGACGAUCCAGCAGCUGCUGAGCCGGUCGCGCGGGGUCUCGGACAGCGACCACGUUGAGCAUGCCGAGUGGCUGCGGGAGCAGCUCCCGGUGCGGUUGGCACACCGGCUCUCCGACUUCAUGCAGCUGCCCUACGUCGUCCUGCUCAACGCGCGGUUCCACGAGAUGUUCCGCCUCAACUUCCAGGCCUUCGACAGCUCGAAGAACGCGGCGCCCGUCCACGACGCGGCGAGCUCGGCCGAGUUCGCCGAGGUGCUGCACCGCCUGGUACGCAGCACCGACGACAUGGUGCGGACGAUGCAGGAGGGCUAUGGCGAGCUCCAGAUGCUCCUCGGUGACCUGGUGGAGCUCGACAGUUUCAUAGACCGGGUGUUCGUGACGCGGAUAGGCAACCGCCUGCUCGCCGAGCACUACGUCGCGGUGGACGAGGCCCGCGCGCGCGGCGGCGGCCAUGCCGGGGUGGUGCGGCAGGACUGCCGGCCUGCGGAGAUUGCGGAGGCGCUGUCCCGCAGCCUGGGCGACCGCUUCCAGGAGCGCUACGGCGCACGGCCUCUCGUGGUGGUAGAAGGCCAGACGGACACCGAGUUUUCCUUCGUGCCGGAGCACCUCGACUUCGUGCUCCAGGAGGUGCUUAAGAACGCGAUGCGAGCGACGGUCGAGGCGCAUAUCGCGUCCGGCUCGAGGCUGCCGCCGGUGUCGGUGGAGAUAAUGAAGGGUUCCUUCGACGUGACCCUCAAGAUAUCCGACGCUGGCGGGGGCAUGCGCAGGGACACCCUCGAUCGAAUUUGGAAGUACGGCUACACCAGUCCACGCAGGACCCAGCGUCGCAGGCAGUGCUGA